AUGGGCUUUGGUGGAGGAACUGACAACGUUUCCUUCGCCGUCCCCGCUUUCAGAGAGGCUUCUCAAGCUGCCCGCCGGGCCCGCGCCACAAAUGAACGCCUGAGCCAGGAUGCCCUUUCUCCCUCUAGGCGCAGGGCUCGGUUGCCCUCCGAUGAUUCUGACUCGGAUGACCAGCCGCUGGCUCAGAGACGUCGGCGCCGAGCCCCUCGUCCGGUGUCCGACUCAGGCCCGUCGUUUGUCCCUUCUCCUCCUCCAAAUGCAGCUGCCUCUCUCCCACCUCCCUAUGUGACUCCGCCUCCAAUCCCGAGCCCUGUAAAUGAUCCGCCUAUUCCGUCUGUUACCCAGGUAGAACCCCCGUUGGCUCAACCUUCCACAUCGCAGCAAACUCAGGGCGAUGAAGCUGUCCCCUCAGAAUGCCCUUCAAUUAUCCCGCCUGUAGUACCUCCUCAAGGGCCUUCUUCAGCUCCUUCUAACUCACCUGCUGAUCCCUCUGCUCUUCCUAGCUCAAUCGCGGGUCCCUCAGACCCAUCCCAUCUUACUUAUCACAGUUAUUGUACUAGUGUCCCCUCUGAGGGGAGGUUAUGGUCCCGCACAGAUGUUCCCACCAGCUCCCUCAAGAUGAAAGGUCGUCUGGCCAUUUUAUGGGAAGAAAGCGUACAACAUAUGGACUCCUUGCCUCCCUCGGCUCUGAUGGACAAAUUCGCAGAGUUGUAUAUCAAGCUAAACUUUGAAGCUUUCCGAACUGCUUGUGCAGAGUCUCUAAAAGUGAACAAUUCUUUUCAUGCUAUUUAUCAUCAGAAUAAGGUGUUGCGAGACCAAGUUGCUGAACUGGAAUUGCAAUUGAAUGAUCCUGCCCAAGGCAGCCAUGCUUUGCGGGCAAAGAUAGAAGAUUUGACCAGACAGAAGAACAGUCUGGAAACAUCCCUAGCGCAAGCCAACCAUGAACUUAAAGAUCUCCAGGAAAAGCAAAGUCAAGUUGACCUUAAGCACCAGCAGAGUAUAGAUCAGCAAUGCUUUCAACGGGCUAUGGAACAAUUGACUCAGAAGCUGCGUGUUGCCGAGACUCUGUCGCAAAAUCAAGACCAGAAGUUAAAAUCGCAGGAGGCCCUUUUGAAAUCUCAGGAGACCCAGUUGACCUCCCAAGCCACAGAAUUAGCUACUGCCCAGAAUGAACUAGCUCAGGCUCGGGCCACCACAGAAGGCGUAUCCACAGCCCUGGCUAUUUACAGAGAGGGGGAGAACGAUUGCUGCUUGCGGAACCGUGCUCUGUAUCUGCGUUCUCUAGAAUUUUGUUUACAGGUGGGACAUCGUUUUUCCACGUCUGUUAUCCACGGGGCGGGCGGGGCUCUGCGACAACUUUACGAGCAAGAUUAUUUAAAGUCCCUUCCGCCUCCUAAAUUUUUAGACCAUGACCGGAUCCUUAAAGAGAUACCAGAUGAAAUAUUUGCUCCUUUCGAAUGA